CUCUCCGAUCCAAUCCAAAUGAAUGAAUAGUGCAACUGAAGCAACCUCCGACGAAGUCACUCUUCUUCUCACACCUCUUCUCUUCGCCAAAUCGUUCACAGAUUCCGAUCACCACCGCCAUCGAAACCCGAGUCCAUGAGCACGCCAACAACGGUUUCAUGGGGCACGGGCCUCUUCUCUGGGUUCACUCGACUAUGCAAGGGCCUUGCGGUGGUUCUGGUUGGUAGUCAUCUUCUCAUCCACUUCUUCCCUUCAGCUGUUAACUAUCUCGCUCUUAUUCCCGCAAGGACAAUCCCAUUUGCCUGGAACCUCAUUACAGCUGGUUAUAUUGAACAAACUGUGUAUGGGGUAGUGGUCAGCACAUUCAGUCUCCUAUUUUUUGGGAAACUGCUUGAGCCAAUAUGGGGUUCCAGGGAAUUCUGUAAGUUCAUCUUUGUGGUCAACUUUCUAACUUCAGUUAGCGUAUUCAUCACUGCUAUUGCCUUAUACUACAUUACAAGACAGGAGAAUUACCUUUACAUGCCUCUUUCUGGAUUUCAUGGAGUUAUAUCUGGUUUCUUGGUUGGUCUCAAGCAAAUUAUACCUGAUCAAGAGCUUCCUUUUAUAAAGAUAAAAACAAAGUGGUUGCCAUCUAUCACUUUAUUGCUUUCAAUUGCUGUUUGCUUCUGGACACUAGAGGCUACAUCAUAUCUUCCAACCAUUGUAUCUGGUACAUAUAUAAGCUGGAUUUACCUAAGAUACUGGCAGAGGAAACCAGAAACAAAACAUAGGGGUGACCCAAGUGAGGAUUUUGCUUUCUCCUCAUUUUUCCCAGAAUUAUUAAGACCGUUCAUAGACCCUAUUGCAUCAAUAUUUCAUCGAAUGCUGUGUGGAAGGUCUGAUGCUUCAAAUGAUGGUCAAGAUUACAGUCUAGGAAGUGAACCUUUACCAGGUUCUGACUCAGUUGAGGCAUCUAGGAGACGAGAAAGAGGUGCACGAGCACUGGAAGAAAGAUUGGCUGCGGAGAGGUUAGGUGCUGCACGAACUGCAGGGGAGUCACAUAGUGAUACUGCUGAAAAUGUAUGAUUCCUGAGCUUUUGCAAAUACGGAUCAGUUCAGCCAAAAUGGAAUUUUCAGAUAGUAGAAUGAUUCAAUUUUAAUGUGCAUUUUGCCUUGGACCAUGAUCCAUACGAAAUUAAAGGUUUGUCCUUUUUGUCAGAUAAAUAUAAUUUGACUUGCUAGUGUACUUACACAAAACCAGAAUCUAAAGAAUUUUUGCAAUUGAUACUGUCCCUAUCAAAGACUAUUUGAAUUUGGGGGUUGAACCAAAUCAAUUUUGUGGAGAGAAGUUACCUGAAUUAAUUUUAUUUUAUUUUAAAA